AUGUUGAGAAAUACAGGUGUGAGAUUACUGAGCGGUUUCAAGAGAUCAUACGCUAGCUCUGCAUCAACAGUUCAACUUGCAAAUCCAAAUGUGCAAUUAACUACCUUGAAUAAUGGAUUACGUAUAGUGACCGACUCAACUCCGGGCCACUUCAGUGCUUUGGGUGCUUACGUAGACGCGGGAUCCAGAUAUGAAAAGGCCAGCAAACCAGGGUUGUCCCACAUUUUCGAUAGACUUGCAUGGAAAUCAACUGAAAAUCAUUCUGGUUUGGAAAUGAUGGAAAAUUUGUCAAAAUUAGGUGGGAACUAUAUGUGUUCAGCUCAAAGAGAAUCAAUGUUAUACCAAGCUUCUGUAUUCAAUAAAGAUGUUGAUAAAAUGUUUAAUUGCAUCUCAGAAACAAUCAGAAUGCCAAAAAUUACCGAUCAAGAACUUAUUGAAACUUUACAAACCGCAGAAUAUGAAGCAAGUGAAAUUGCCUUGAAACAUGAUAUGUUUUUACCAGAAGUCUUGCAUUCGGCAGCUUAUCAAAAUAAUACUUUAGGUUUGCCACUUUUCUGCCCGCCAGAAAGAAUACCUUCAAUUUCUAAAAAAGAAAUCUUAGAUUAUCAUAAGACUUUUUAUCAACCUCAAAAUACCGUUAUUGCAAUGGUUGGGGUACCUCAUGAACAUGCUUUAAAGUUAGCUCAAUCUGAAUUAGGUGAUUGGAAAUCUUUAACAAAUAAACGCCCUGAUUUAGGUACUAUAGAAUACACUGGUGGUGAAAUUUCAUUACCUUAUCAACCACCAGUUUAUGCUAACUUACCUGAGUUAUAUCAUAUGCAAAUUGGAUUUGAAACAACUGGUUUAUUGGAUGACGAUUUAUUUGCUUUGGCUACUUUACAAAAAUUAUUAGGUGGGGGUUCUUCCUUUUCUGCUGGUGGUCCAGGUAAAGGUAUGUUUUCAAGAUUAUAUACAAGAGUUUUAAAUCAAUACGCUUUUGUUGAAAAUUGUAUGAGUUUCAAUCAUUCUUAUAUAAAUUCAGGUAUUUUUGGUAUUACCAUAAGUUGUUCUCCAAAUGCUGCUCAUGUAAUGUCACAAAUUAUUGCAUUUGAAUUAUCAAAAUUAUUAGAAAAAGAUGUUUCAAAAGGUGGGUUAAGUGAAAAAGAAGUUAAAAGAGCUAAGAAUCAAUUAAUAAGUUCUCUUUUAAUGAAUGUUGAAAGUAAAUUGGCUGCUUUAGAAGAUUUAGGUCGUCAAAUUCAAUGUCAAGGUAAAUUAACUACAGUUGAUGAAAUGAUUUCAAAAAUUGAAAAUUUAUCAGUAGAUGAUUUAAGAAACGUAGCCGAGAAAGUCUUAUCCGGUAAUGUGGUUACUAAUGGUGUCAGCUCUGGUAAACCUUCAAUCGUCAUGCAAGGUGAUAGAGCUGCUUUCGGUGACGUUGAAUUCGUUUUACAGUAUUUCGGCUUAGGAAAAUUCGAUGGCCCUCCUUUAACCCAACCAAGAGAUUUCUCAAACAUUACAAAACCAAAAAAAUUCGGUAAAUGGUUUUAA